GAGACGGCGUCGUUUAGUUCACCUUCCAUUUCAUUUUCUUUUACCAGACUUGCCUUUAACCAUUCUAGGGUUCCGCUUCCUCUUUCCACCGCAAUCCACCGUCGACGCUUUCAAUUCCGCCGCGAUUCCGGCUGACCUAAUCCCCCAUUCUCUUCUUCGCUCCCCACACACUCGAGUAUACAAGUUCAUUGCGAUAUCCGUUCAUGAUUGUUGAAGAGUCCUUGGCAAUCCGAAUUAGUGUAUUUGGGGGUUUUAUUGCAUGUGCGUCGUGUUCACAGAAGCAGUAGAAGAAUCAUUUCAAGUCUACAUAGCAACUGAUCAUUAACCGUAAAAGAAUCGAUUCGGAAUGGAUGUAUCGGUGCAGCUGCUGGCUGAUAGCCUGAAGAUGGGUGCAAGUUUAUCUGAAAAUGUUUCUAAGGAGAAUGCCAAGAAAAAAUGUAAGAAGAAGAAGAACAAGAAGGCAGUAAUUAAAGAUGAAGUCGAGAGCAUGGGUCGGAUAGAAGCGGAUGGGGAGUCAACGGAAAAUCUUGUGGAAGGAAUCCACAGCGUGGGCCAUACUGAAAUGGAUACGGAACCAAUUGAAAAUAUUGGUGUAGGAAAUGAUAGUGACGAAAGAAAAAAGAAGCGGAAAAGAAAGGAGAAGGGAAAGAAUAAAGAUGAAGUCGAAAGCGUCGACCAGAUGAAAAUGGAGACGGGGUCGAUUGAAAAUAGUGUUGAAGGAAACGGGAUUGGCGAAAGAGAAAAGAAGGGGAGAAAGACCAAGAAGGCAAAUAUUAAAGAUGAAAUCGAAAGCGCGGAUCAGACUGUAGUAGAAAAUGUUGCAGAAGGAAAUGUGAGUGGCAAAAGAAAAAAGAAGAAGAAGGCGAUGAUUAAAGAUGAAAUUCUAAGCGUGGAGCAGACUAAAUUGGAUACAGGGCCAAUAGAAAGUACUGCUGAAGGAGAGAAUGCUAAUAUUAAUGAUGAAUUACGAAGCAUGGAACAUACUAUAAUGGAUACAGGGACAAUAGAAAAACUUGCUGAAGGAAAUGUGAUUGUCACUAAAAAGAAGAAGCGAAGAAAGACCAAGAAGCCGGAGAUUAUAGAUGAAAUCCAAGGUGUGGACGAAACUGAAAUGGAUACGGGGCAUGUAGAAACUAUUGUUGAAGGAGAGAAGGCAAAGAUUAAAGAUGAAAGCCGAAGCAUGGACGAGGCUGAAAUGGAUACAGGGCCAACAGAAACACUUGCCGAAGGAAAUGUGAUUGCUAAAAGAAAAAAGAAGCGGAAAAGUACCAAGAAGGCAAAUAUUAAAGAUGAAAUCCGAAGCGAAACUAAAAUGGAUACAGGGCCUGUGGAAAGUACUGAUGAAGGAGAGAAUGCAACGAUUAAAGAUGAAGUCCAAAGCUUGGACGAGGCUGAAAUGAAUACAGUGCCAACAGAAACACUUGCCGAGGAAAAUGUCAUUGCUAAAAGAAAAAAGAAGCCGAAAAGUACCAAGAAGGCAAAUAUUAAAGAUGAAAUCCAAAGCGUGGACGAGACUAAAAUGGAUAUGGGGCCUAUGGCAAGUACUGAUGAAGGAGAGAAGGCAACGAUUAAAGAUGAAAUCCAAAGCAUGGACGAGGCUAAGAUGGAUACAGGCCCAACAGAAACACUUGCCGAAGGAACUGUGAUUGCUAAAAGAAAAAAGAAGCGAAAAAGUACCAAGAAGGCCAACAUGAAAGAUGAAAUCCAAAACGUGGACCAGAAUGAAAUGGAUACGGGGCCUAUAGAAAGUAUUGCAGAAGGAGAGAAGGCAACGAUUAACGAUGAAAUCCAAAGCAUGGACGAGGCUAAGAUGGAUGCAGGCCCAACAGAAACACUUGCCGAAGGAACUGUGAUUGCUAAAAGAAAAAAGAAGCGAAAAAGUACCAAGAAGGCCAACAUGAAAGAUGAAAUCCAAAACGUGGACCAGAAUGAAAUGGAUACGGGGCCUAUAGAAAGUAUUGCAGAAGGAGAGAAGGCAACGAUUAACGAUGAAAUCCAAAGCAUGUACGAAGCUAAGAUGGAUACAGGCGUAACAGAAACACUUGCCGAAGGAAAUGUCAUUACUAAAAGAAAAAAGAAGCCGAAAAGUACCAAGAAGGCAAAGAUUAAAGAUGAAAUCCAAAGCGUGGACGAGACUGAAAUGGAUACGGUGCCCGUAGAAAGUAUUGUUGAAGGAGAGAAGGAAAAGAUUAAAGAUGAAAUCCAAAUCGUGGACGAGACUAAGAUGGAUACAGGCCCAACAGAAACACUUGUUGAAGAAAAUGUGGUUGGCAAAAGGAAAAAAAAGCAGAAAAAAAUCAAGAAAACGGAAAUAGAAGAUGCAGUCCAAAGCGUGGAUCAUAUUCAAAGUAGCUCAGAGGCAAAAACUGAAAAGGAAGUUCAAAGCACGAGCCAGGCUGCACCUUUGGCUAUGCCCAUGGAGGUGGAAGGAGAUUCUUUGCCUUGUGAAGUAAGCAACGGGCUUAUUGUUAAUGAGCGAAAAGGCUCUUCAGAGGGGACAAGUGUAGCGUCUGCUUGCGCUGCGGUGGACACAGAUUCUGCUUCAUUUGAUGUAGAGGAUGAAACGUGUUUGCGUCUCGAAACAGCACGAAUUACUUCAGUUAGGAGAAAGCUUCUCGUUCUUGAUUUAAAUGGUCUCCUUGCAGAUAUAUUAAUGCCACCGCCAAAACACCGUAAAGGGGAUGCACAGAUAUCCGGACGAGCAAUUUUCACGAGACCCUACUGUCGCGAUUUCCUGGAGUUCUGUUUUCAGAAUUUUGAUGUGGGCAUAUGGUCUUCGAGAGCCAAGGGAAUUGUUGAUAAAGUGGUCAAUUAUUUACUCGAAGAUCUACAGUCCAAGUUGAAAUUUUGUUGGGAUAUGUCUCGAUGUACUAAAACAGGGCUCAAAACUCUCGACAACAAGCAUAAGCCCUUAGUGUGCAAGGAGCUAAGGAGAAUUUGGGAACUAGACAAUCCUUUUUUGCGUUGGAAGAGUGGAGAUUAUAAUGAAUCAAACACGUUGUUAUUGGAUGAUUCUCCUUACAAGGCAUUACGCAAUCCCAUGCACACAGCAAUAUUUCCCCGUCCGUACAGCCAUGAGGAUAGAAAUGACAAUUCACUAGGUCCUGAAGGCGAUCUUCGAGUUUAUCUGAAAGGGUUGCUAAAAUAUGACGAUGUACCGGAAUAUGUUGAGCAACACCCAUUCGGUCAAAGACCAAUAGACGAACAACACGUGUCUUGGACAUUCUACAGACAGGUAGUUAACAGAGUCUCCAAAUGAUUGGCAGAUAAUAUUCAAUGUAUUCUAUUUUCCCUUUUCGUUUGGGAAAUGUUAAAACAAAUGAUAACAACCAGGCACGGUAGAACGCUUACCAUCUUCGAAAAUAGCAAAUGUAUUCUUUACGAGUCCUAUAACACAGUUGUAGGAAUUAGAAUUUUUUUGGAGCAUGAAUUCUGUCGUUUAUUAUUUUUGUAUGAACGACUUGAAUUCAUUCCCCAUUAUCGAGUCAAGAAACAUUCGUCGUAUCGAAUGAGAUAUUCUUUGUUAUUACGGGGUUUCUCGUCAAGGUACAGUUGUAAUUGCAGCUUUUGCUGGGACUUGUAAUGUGAUGUUGUUGACAGAUUUUAAGAAUUUUUUUUUCUUUCCUUAGUUGAUUUUCGAGACUUGAUUAGAGAUUUCUCCGAAAUUUUGUAAUAUUUUAGCUUUUGGAAUUGAAUAUCAAUUUUAUCUGCCAAUUUUGGACC